GUCGACCAAGAGAAAAGAUUUGGGAAUAUUAUAUUGCAAGCAAUGUUGUUGGUGACCGUAGUGCAACUUGUCAUUAUUGUUCAAAGUAUUGGAGUUGUGGACACCCUGGAGAAAUAGAAGCCCAUCUUGCGAAUAUCUGUCAUGAUGUUCCUAUAGAUAUGAAAACAUAUUGGCAAGAAUCGCUUUCAACCAAAAUUCAUCUUAAUUUGUUAUAUGAUUUACCUAGUCGAAUAACACUUUCUAAUAGGUUAUUAGAACAGGAAGUUGCAAGAAUUAAUCUUAAGAUUGAUGCUGAAUUAAAAAAAUGGCUUUCUUUAUCAAACGAUCAAGAAAUUGCUUCACCAGAAGUUAUUAAACAAACUGAUACUCUUAUGAUUUCAGAAGUUAUCAAUAUUACAAAUUUAUCAAUCGAAACUGAUGGUCAAUUGAAAGUUAAUAGGUCACAUGGUAGUAAUAUAAAAAAUUCAAAUUCGUUUAAUUCUAGUACAAAUGAUUUAAUAACUAGGAUGUUCAAAGCAAAUAAAUUUAUUGCUAUCAUUGUGGAGUAUUAG